CCAAAGGUUUCCUGCACACACACUAUUUAGGUGAAAACAGCUUAAAUGAAAAUACAACUUAACGUGACUCUCUUAACUGGACACUGUUAAAUAUCUGACUGCCACAAUGAAAUAUUUGGCUCUGGCUUUGCUGAUCUAUGGUUUGGUGUCGCUGUCAAACGCUCAAUGCUUUGUUAAGCCUGUAACAUCUGACAAAAUGACCCAUUGUCAGGACCAUGUGGAUGGCACAUGGCAUGAAGUAGGGUCCACAUGGAGAAACAGUGCAUGUCAGAAAUGCUCUUGCAGCAGCUGCUGUUAUGCAUAUUCAACUCCAAAAAGUUUCCCUGAUGACUGUGUGUCAGUGUUUGACCAAAAGGCAUGUACAUACAUUGUGCACAAGAGAGACAAUCCAGCUGAGCACUGUCCAAUUUUUGUCGCAGUAGGGAAGUAAUGGAGUCAUCAUCAUGCAUGGUCUAAACUUUAAAACGUGGGUACUAUAGGGCUGGGUACUAUAGACAAAACAUAUUUGUAAUAGUUUCUCUUUUUUCCAUGUCAGUAAUCACCACAAUGUUCUUUUAAGGCACAGAGGAAGAAGGAAGCCCAUUCAGCCUGUUGUUAGACACGAAGUAUUGACAAGUGGCAUUAAAUGCAGUAACAGUUUGUUUACUAAAUUGGAUUUUUUCUUAUUAUAAAUUCAGAGGCUGUCCUCACAUUCAGUCUGAAAUAAAUCCUAAAUAAAAAAGAAAAGGGAAGUUGUGUUGUGGUGUGGUUCAUUCUAAUUUAUGUUAGAAUAGUUUUCUUCUCAUCUACACUGAAAAUUUAAUGUACACUACCUGUGCAACAACUUGUAGUUUCAAUGGGCUAUACAAGACCAUACAAAACCUACAAAAAGCAUAUUAAAAACAAUAUUACAGAA